GCGGCCCUCGAGGACUGGAGUUUGAGACCCCUGCUCUAAAGUUUACUGGUAGACCAACAUCAACAAACUCACUAAAUUACCACCGACAACCAAAAACGUCACACUGGCGGUUAAAGAACUUGAUUUCUGGGUCGCUCCACAUUUCAUCCAGACUCUGGGACCUUCAAAUACAAAUGUAGUCAAUGCCUUUUCUUUCUCUUUUAGUUGAGACGCGGGUCGCUGCUGAUUGGCUGCUGAGCGCGCAGCUGUAGUGGGAGGAGAACAGCAGUGAAAUAUCCACUCCGCUGCUCUUCAUCCUCAGCUCAGACGGCAGGACUCAAACUGGAAACUUUGUUUUCUCUGCCGCACCGCCGAACGACCCGGGACGCUUUUCUCUUUAUGGGACGAAUUAGACCCGCUGAACAAGCAAGGUCACAUCAGAAGAGGUGACAAUUUGAGACACGAGAACUAGACGAGAUGCUUUGCUUGCGUGACUCAAGCGACUGCUUGCAGGAGCAGAUGCAGUACAUGAUGAGGUCACUGCAAGAUCUGAAGCAGCUGCGGAAAGCGUGCCCUGAAGUCCGCCGUCCUCUCGCUCCUCUCAACAAGCAGCUACCGGCCUUAGCGCGUCACUCUGCGGUGGCGCGCGCUUGCCAGCAGCGGGCUCUGCAGCGGGAGCAGAGGGCACGUAUGCGGAUGUCCGACGCCAGCACGGCCAGCACCUACGAUUCGGCCUGCUGCCUAGCUAGCCCCCUGGAGGAGGAAGACGAGGAUGACGAUGCAAGCAGCAGCAGGCUGGGACUGAGCCUCAGACGGGAUCUGCGCUCUCCCUGCAGCCAGAAGAGUUUGGAGAUUGACUCGGGUUACUCCGAGGCAUCCUGGCAGGACGAUGGCGUUGUCCUCAGGAGGACAAGGAACGUGCGUGUUUCGUCGUCCGCCUGCGCACGGAUGAACAGGGCACCAAGCGGCCGUAUUCGGCCUAAAUCCACAUCCGACGCCUGCCUGGAAACGUGGACGUCUUUUGAGGUCGGUGACCCAGAGGAUUGGACCAACUCCUUACUGACCAGAGGGCGGAACCGCCAGCCUCUGGUUCUGGGUGACAAUAGUUUUGCCGACCUCAUACAGAACUGGAUGGACUUGCCAGAUUGUCCGGAACCGACGGAACUGAAACCAAAUUCCAGACGGAAACUGGGGAGAGGCUUCUUUGGCAACAUGAGGAAGAAACUGUCAGGCUUCUCUAAGUCAGUGGAGGACAGAGUGAGGAUGAGAUCCACAGACUCUGAUCAUCUUAACAGAGCUGCCAAUGCUCCAAAGCGUCUGUCCUGUCCAGUUGUGCCGUCGCAGCCUAAAGUGCCGUUUUUCCACCAGUCCCACUCAGGCAUCAAUGAGCUGGACUCGGACUUCUACCAGUUUGCAGCUCUGAUGAAGUCAGGCAGUCGACAGCCAAUAAUAUGCAAGGACAUCAUUGGCUACAUCUGACAGACAUUCAUGUCAAUCCAUGUGCAGGCUGGACAAUUCUCAGAGUCACUUUAUUUUUAUACAAUCGCCUCUCACUUUACAUUUUCUGUUGUUAAAGUAUCGGGAGUAAAGACAUUCUCCUGACUUAAAACUCUAACUAUACACUUAUUUAUGUUUUAUAUAUCCAUAUAAUUUGCACUGGAAAUAUGAUGGCUGUUUGUUUUGCAUUCCCGUUCUCACAGUUUCAUUGCGAUGACGCUUGUUUCUCACUGAAGGUUUGAUUGAAACGGGCUUUUGUUGUCUGAAUGUGGAUCCAUCUGUUUUUUUGUUGUUGUUUUUUUUAAAUUAAAAAUAUAUUGCUUGGAA